AUGGAGCAAUCCUAUAAGGAUAGAGAUAUCACGGAGGAGCCAAUGUGCAUAUUGUCUCCGUGUUGUCCAUGGGAGAGAAUCAUUCCUAAAAAAUGUAUGUGCCGAAGUAUGAAGUUCCUUUUCACUACAGAGAGAAAUUGCUCUUGCUUCCCCUGCCCAUAUGACGAAGACGCCGCUUACCAGUUCUGCCACUGUACCUGUUCAGACUAUCCCAAUUGCCAUUGGUGCUGCUGUGCCUGUGCCAAUGACCCAGUCUGCAAGUGCUGCUGCGUUUGUCCCCGGGGCACAUCUUCCUUCCGCUUCUAUCCAUGCCACCUUGGCCAAAAGAAAAAGCUCUCCAAAAAAGAACAACCCAGUGUCCUUGCCAGUGAUACCAAUUCAAGACUUUUUCAGACGGAUGCUACGACCAGCAGUGGUGACUACUUAAUCAAAUUACCAACGGGUGAUUUGGUGAACCAUCUUGUGUGCCCCUUGUGCAAAAAGCUGCGGAUGCAUUCUUACAUAUUGCCCUGUCAGCACUGUAUCUGUCAGGUCUGCCUCAAGAAGGUCCAGGAAGAGGCCGAAAUCACCGAGAUCUUCACCAUCAUUGCGUGUCCCGUAUGCCACUCUACCCACUGCCUGCCCAAAACGGAGAAGGUGCUGCUGCCCGAGCACUACUUGCGGAACCGGCUGGCCAAGCGCUUCAUGCAGGAAAAUAACAUCCCCACGUGGCGCUAUGACCCGGCCUCGAAGCCCGUGUUCUGCCAGGUGUGCAAUAAAAAUAGGUUGGCUGUCAAAUUCUGCACCACGUGCAACAUGAAUUUCUGCUCCAAGUGUCUCAGGCGCCAGCACAUGGGGGUGACCAUGCAGGACCACUUCUUCGUGGAUGUCAACAGCCAGGAAAGGAUAGAGAAGCAUUGCAUUUACCACCCAAACAACAAGCUCCACGAGUACUGUAAGAACGACAACGAGCUGCUCUGUAACCUCUGUAAGAGCAUCUACCACGAGGGGCAUGACAUUAUUCCCCUGGUGGAGGCCUCCUCCCAGCUCUCCGCAGCUCUCUUCAGUGCCAUGGCCAGGUUCAAAACAGCCCGACACGAGAUGGAUAACGACCUGAUGGAAUUCAGCAUUUUAAAGAAUUCUGUAAAAAGCCAUAAAGACCAAAAAAGGAAAGAGAUACGAAGCGGAUUCAUAAGACUACGGCAUAUUCUUCAAGAAAAAGAGAAAGCCUCCAUGGAGCAAAUGGAGAAACUGGAAGGAAACAGGCAAAAGGAAAUUAAUAAAUAUGUGUGUACCACAACUCUUAAAAUAAAGAUGAUGGAUGGACUUAUUGACUUUUGUAAAGAAGCUUUAAAAGAGACAAGUCAGGUGGCAUUUCUACAGUCAGCCAAGUCUUUAGUAGAUCAAAUAGACAACGGGCUCAGAAAUAUCUAUCGGCCUGACCCAAUGCUUAAGUUAGACUGCACAGAGGCCCUUCAGUUGAAUUUUCUAGAGCUAGGAAACGCCUUAAACAACCUUUUCCCUAACCACCGGCAGAAAGAGGCAGGCGAUUAUCCACCCAGUCCCUAUCCCAUGCAUCCAGAAAUGAUGAUUGCUCGAAAAGUCACCUUCAGUACCCAAAACUUUGCUGGUCGUCCAAUAUUUCAACGCAGCUGCUCUUCACAGUCUAUCCACCCAAGCUCUCACUUUAAUCAGGGCAAGACAUUCCUUGAAGCAUAUGGGAGGACACAGUCCAUCCCCACUUCCAGGGGCAUUGAAGGGUACAAUACCUACUGGGCUACACCUCCUGAGAACGCAUGGGGUGCUCUUUCUGAAGCCUCAAAAAUCCAGCCCUACAGCAGCUUCCACAACUGGUACAUCACCCACGAAGGGAGUCUGAAAGUUCCAGGACUUAUUGCCAUCUACCAGACCCUAGUGUAUCCAAGAGCUGCCAAAAUUUACUGGACUUGUCCCACAGAAGAUGUGGAUUCUUUCGAGAUGGAAUUCUAUGAACUUACUAUUUGUUCUAAUAACGUCCGGACAGAACUUUGUGGACACAUACAGGACAUAAUGCAACAGAACCUGGAGCUACAUAAUCUAACUCCAGGCACAGAGUAUCUAUUUAAAGUCCGUGCAGUCAAUGACAAUGGACCAGGAGAAUGGAGCGAUAUGUGUAAGGUAGUAACUCCGGAUGGUCGUGGGAAGCCCAGGGCAAAAUGGGGGCUGCUGAAGAAUAUUCAGUCUGUCCUCCUGAAACGUUCUUGA